AUGGCUGAUGUCACAGAAUCCCGGAGAUGUUUCCGUUGUCGUGUUUUAUUCAACACUGACGAUGAGUUUUGGCAUCAUAUUCUAAAUGUGGAUUGUGAUGAUUCAAUAAAUGCCACUGCGGCUGAGAAUUCGUUGCCGGAUAGUACACAUUCAAACGAUGAAUCACAAUCAGUAUGUGCAUCAGUUAGUAGCACUCAUAUUGGUGGUGUUCCUGACUUUGAGAAUCAUCAGGCAAAGGGGGAUUUCGAAAUGAACCCCAAUUCUCCAGAACAGCAGUUCAAAAUAGAUUUGGCCACUGAAGCACUUGAAAAAAGUACAAAUUCGCCUGCGUUUUUAUUCUGUGAUGUCUGUCAAGUACCAUUCACAUCGAUUAAAAAUAAAGAAGAGCAUGAAAAUGGCAAAAUGCAUAAAAAGCAAAUUGCAUCGAAGUCAAACUGCAGUGAUCAAUUGAAUAUCAGUCAGUCAUUAAGCGUUAUUGAUGACGCACAAGAAGAUUUGUCGAAGAUUCACACUCACUGGCCAUCAGAAACACAGAAUUCUGUAAAUACCAGUUCAACUGUCAACGAAACUGUUGAUACCCAGCCCCAACCCACAAUACGAAAUAGUGAUGAAGAGGAAAUCACCCGUCUCCUACGUCGAUUAUGCCUGACGGAAAUAUUAAUCCUACUUCAUAAUGUGGGAGGAGACUCACAUAUUCCUUCAAGAAGUGAUUCAUCUGAAACAAAAGCGGCAUGCAAUAUUAGUGGACGAGAUUUAAUCGAAACGGUGAGAACUAUCUGCCGUGAGGAAUUACGUGAAAUUCUAUCAGAAGCUUUACAACAUGCUUCUCUCCAGUCCAGAAAUGUCAACACGUAA